CCAAGUAAAAGUGUGUGCGUGCGAAAAUACAAAAAAUACAAAAAAAAACGGCGUCGAUAAUUUCUGAAAAAAGUAAGUCUAUCCGGUUGCGAUGUUAAGAAGAAUGGAUGGAGUGUUGAGAUGAUGGACGAAUGGGUGGUGCGCUUCGCCUCUCCUCUCUGAGAACUCCACUCAACGGCCGUUUCUUAAAACUUGAAAGUGACGUGGCAUUGGACGUGGCCAAUUUCAUGUCUCUCUUUCUUGUUCUCUUCAACCCUCGCCCUUGACUCGAUUGAACAUAAUACCGACGAAACAUGCGUCUACGACACUUUUGCAUCGGAUCCGUCGCCACACAGGACCUGCUCGUUUCCAAGACAUUUCUACCUCCAAGCGCAUUGGAUGACGAUAAUGACUCGGAUAUCCAAAAGGUAUGGUCCUCGUUCCUGGACCUCUUGCAGAACAAGCAUCGCUGGGUACCGUCAUCACAAUCCCAUCCAGACCAUCGCCGCCGCGAGUACGAGAAACAAGGCCAGCGGUCGGAACCCAGGAGAUUGUCAGUGCAAAAGUCAGCGGCGUCUGGGUCUGGAUCAAUUCGUGCAACAGGAACAAGUUCUCCACUAGACGCCAAUGUGUCCUCCUCGCCAUCGUUAGGAUUAACGGACGACCCAUACCGGCACCUCGCACGGCCUUUAUAUGCCCGCGACGGCAUCUGCUUCAUCUAUCAUACCACCAACGAUCUCGUCUUUGUCGCAUGCUGUCCAGCUCCGCUAUCGCCUACCAUUGCAUCCUCAACGGUCUUGCGGAUACCGUCCUCAUUGCCUGGACAGAGACAGGGACAUCAUCAGUCCAGCACGUCGACGUCACUGUCUAGCUCGAGACUUGGUUCGCCGACUCCGGAGCUUGUAUCAUCAAAACUGUCCGCGUCUUCAUCUCGUCCACCAGAUGCUCAACAUUUGGUACAACAGCAACAGAUACCGGAGCUGGCGUUUUCGGUAGCUCCCGCCGUCGGCUUACACAUCUCCUUGCACGGGAUAAUCGAGUUCUUGGGACAACUCGUCAAGGCGCUGGAGAGAUAUUUGUUAGAGCCCAGUGGAUCUGGAUCUGGAUCAACAAGGAAAGGGACGUCAGCAGCAGGGGCUCAAUCGACGUUCACAUCAUCUUCAUCACAAUCAAAAUCAGCCGUCUCCAGAUCAGCAGCACUUUCAGCAAAGAGUGUACAGUCGAACAUCGGCAUCGUAUAUGAGAUCCUAGACGAGUGCAUGGAGCUCGGAUACCCAAUGAUGCCAAGUCUAGCCCAACUUGAUCUGCUUGUCUUUGGUGUAGCAAAGGUGUCGUAAAUAUGGAUGCCAAACAACAUGCCAGACAAACUCUUUAUUAGUUUGAGCAUAAACCACUUGGGUCUAAUUCUCAUAGUCUAGACUAUAUCAUCGUG